AUGACGUCUGUAAGUGUUUUUGAAUAGGCACUACUUCUUGACUCUACUUCAGAAAGAAGGAUCUAAAGCACAUAAUGAUAGGUUGAAGCUUGUAAAUAUUAACACGAGUAAGAAAAGACUAUUCUGUUAGUAUACUGAUAUCUUUCUUGCUAUCGAAUACAUUACGUUAUCUAAAUCUCAAAGAUGAAAAGAUAAAUUAGCUCGAAUUUUUAUUACAUGUUAAAAAGAGACUAUUUAUAUUGCUAUAAGUAUGCUAAAUCUAAAAUAUAAUCAUAAUUACGCAUUAUUUAGGAAAUCUUGGACAUUUUAACUGCGAAAACGGCGAACAUUCAUGAAUUUAGAUAUUUAGUCACCCAUCGUCUCGAACGUAUCAAUCUCGCGUAUCAAUCUCUUCUCACAUAUCAUCGCGUCGUAAGUUCACGUGGACCAUUCAUGCUGCGAAUCCUAGCAGCAGCUUCUUCCUUCAUAUCCAUCAAUUACAAAUCAAUCAAUCAUCAUCUCGAAAAUCCCGAUCCCUCGACGACAAGAUUCCUCACACGUGCAUGGAUAAGCAACAAAAAGAAAAGAAAGAAAGAAAGAAAGAAAAAGAACGGGUCUGCGAACAAAAGAGGGGGAAAUGGACAAGGUGACAGCGGCGGAGGGAAAGCGGCCACGGUGAAAGAAGAUUUUAAUCUGAGUCAACAGCUGCGGGAUGGUGGUCGAGACAGGCAUCCGGGAGACAAUCCUUUCUACAGCAACAUCGACAGCAUGCCGGAUAUUCGGCCGCGCCGAAAAUCGGUGCCAUUGGUCUCCGAGCUGGUACGUAA